AUGGUACAUAUUGCCGGCGACACAUUUACGAUGGGAUCAGAUAAGCAGAUAUUUGAAGCUGAUGGGGAAGGUCCUGGGCGUAAGGUGAAAGUUAAUUCAUUUUAUAUGGACAAAUAUGAAGUUAGCAAUGCAGAAUUUGAGCUUUUUGUGAAUGAAACAGGAUACAAAACAGAGGCUGAAUCUUUUGGUAAUUCUUUCGUGAUGGAUUUACUAUUAACUGAUGAUGUAAAGAAAGACAUUACUCAGGCAGUUGCUGCAGCACCAUGGUGGUUACCUGUGGAUAAUGCUUAUUGGAGACAACCAGAAGGAAAGGGUACCAAUAUUAAAAAAAGAAUGGAUCAUGCUGUAGUACAUAUAUCAUGGAAUGAUGCAGUUAAAUAUUGUGAGUGGGCUGGUAAAAGGUUACCAACUGAAGCUGAGUUUGAAUUUGCUUGCAGAGGUGGUUUGGAGAAUAGAUUAUUUCCAUGGGGCAACAAGUUAAUGCCUAAAGGACAACAUUGGAUGAAUAUUUGGCAAGGAGAAUUUCCCAAACAAAAUACAGAAGAAGAUGGUUUUAUCAGUACUGCUCCAGUUACAUCAUUUCCAGAACAAAAUAAAUUUGGUUUAAAAAAUAUAAUAGGUAAUGUAUGGGAAUGGACUAAUGAUUGGUGGGAGACUAAACAUACCAAAGACUUUAAAGAUAACCCUAAAGGUCCAAGUACUGGUACAGAUAAAGUAAAAAAAGGGGGAUCAUUUUUAUGUCAUGAGUCCUACUGCUAUCGAUACAGAUGUCAAGCUAGGAGUCAGAAUACUCCAGAUAGUUCAGCUGUUAAUCUUGGUUUCCGUUGUGCUGCUCAUACUCUUCCAUCUUAUUUAAAACAUACAUAA